AUGAUAGAACUAACAGGCAAAAAGGAUAACGUUCAAAUCGAUGACCGUGAUGGUAAAAAUUUCAGCUUCAACGAGAGGAUUAUACUUAAUGUCGGAGGAGUAAAGUACGAAACCUACCGUUCAACUUUAACCGCAUAUCCCAACACACUUCUCGGUACAAUGUUUGCGGAUCGUAAUCUGUCCCUUUUAUACAAAACAGUCGAUAACGAAUACUUUAUAGAUAGGAAUGGUCAUGCAUUUUUUUACAUCUUGGAAUUCUAUCGCACGGGAAGAUUGUCUUGGAAAGAAGAAGAAGGAAACUGUGUAUGUGGAACAGGAAGGCGUUUGACCGUUGGGAAUGAUCGUGGGAAUAGUAGUAGUAGCACACCGUUAUCUCCACUGUCCCCGUCUUCCUCCAUAUCUUCCUCAUCCUCCUCUACGUAUCUAGUCACUCCUCACGCAAUGACACCACAACCCACAAAAGGCAGCUUGUAUCAUUCGCGAGUAACCCGUGAAGAAUUCUUGUCAGAAGUGCAAUAUUUCCAACUCCCCGCCCAUACGAUUACAUCUUCGUUUAUCAAUCGUGCAGCUGGACAACGCUUGACCCACUUUAUGCAAUCACUCGAGGGGGUCUUGCACGUCCUUGCGAGCGAAUUCCAAACCUCUAUAAGAAUAGACUUUCGUAAAAACCAGCUAGCUCCACAUAUCACUAUUUUAUCGUCCGAUAAUGAAGAGACAAUGCUAAAGACAGCGGUCAUAAAAAUCAUAAAACCACAUGGAUCGGUUGGGUAUGUUAUGCUAAGCACAUACGGAAACGAGAUCAAGAGAUAUUUGGAAAGCGAGAUAGAAGGGGUAACGCUUGAAGUGAGUCAUGUUGAUAACUUUAAUUGGUUUAGAUUGGAAAUGCAGAUUGAUGGUUUGGAGAACAAUUUGGUGCUGGAGAAUAGCCUAUCUAUCGGUGCGACUGACCUUCUGCGCAUGCAUAAUAAUAAUGUAGAGACAAGAUUUAUAGACAUAUGA